CCACCCCACACCCCCAGCCUCCUAGCCAUAACCCUUCCCGCUGACCUCACGGAUCAACGUAUUAACAAGACUAACCAUGAUGGAUGGACUGCUCCGGUCCCCCAACCUGCACAAAAUUUGGGGGCCCCCCAGACUGGCCCGGACAUUGGGGGGAUGUCACGGUCCUUGUGGCCUCAGCCUUGUCCUCCACCCACUGCCAAGUACAAUGACCUCUUCCUCUGAAACAUCAGUGUUACCCUCGUCCCUGUCCCCAGCAUGUGACUGGUCACUCCUGGGGAGAGACUCCCCACCCUCCCUCAAGAGCCCCAGGUCUGCAGUGUGCCCCUCGGUCGAGUGGGCAGGGCCGGGGUGGUCCAGCCCCUGCCCGGCCCCCACCCCAGCCACCCUUGCUGUUGUCUGUGCUUUUGAAGAAUGUUAAAUUAUGGAAGCCCCUCAGGUUCCUCCCUGUCCCCCAGGACCUCGUAUUUAUACUAAAAUUCCCUGUUUUCUCAGCGGCUCUGUCCCAUUCGGAGGAGAUGGUGUAGAGGACCUGUGUGUUUGCUCUUCGGUUCUAGGCAGUCCGCUUUCCCCAGAGGAGGAGUGCAGGCCUGCUCCCCUGCGAAGCGUGUCCCACCCCUUUUAAUAGGAAAAGCCGGAGCCUUGGAAGGGAAGGGACCCUCGAGGCACACAGCUGGUGACCCAUUCCAGCGCCCUCUUGGGGAGAAGAGCAUCCUGCCGGCAGCCAGGGCCCCUUGUCAAAGUCCUCAGUGGAUGUUUUUUAAAUUCCCAAAACUGCCCUGAACCACAUUUCCCAGGCCCUGCCCAGGUGGGACUCCUCGGUCCUUGCCUCCUAGUUUCUCAGGCCUGGCCCUGCCGAGGCCCAGGCGCCCCAGGCCGGCUGGUGGCCCUGACUUCCACUCUGGAGAACUGUCCACCCUGGAAAAAAGAGCUCAGAUCCCUCCUGGCUCCUGGAGCCGUAGAGAGUGUGUCUUCCCACUCUACCCUCCACCCCCCGAAAUGUUUCUGUUUCUAAUCCCAGCCUGGGCAGGAAUGUGGCUGCCCGGCCAGGGGCCAAGGAGCUAUUUUGGGGUCUCCUUUGCCCGAGGAGGGCUUGGCUCCACCACUGGCCUCCCCCAGGUUUUGGGCAGCAGGUCACCCCUGUUCAGGCUCCAAGGGUGCCCCCUCUUGGUCCUCUCCUCACCACCCCUUCCCCACCUCCUGGAAAAAAGAAAGUGUAAAGUGGAGACCCAGAGGGCUAAAUUUAACUGUCUGAGUUGGAAUCUGUCUCUGAGUCACCCAAGAAGCUGCCCUGGCCUCCCACCCCCUUCCCAGGCCUCAGCCCCUUUCUCCCACCCAGCCCUAGCCCCAGCCCCUAGCCCCCAGCUCUGGAGCUUGUUGGGAGCAAGGGGUUGAUCUCUACUGUGUCACUCAGCCUUGAUUGGCCCCGUUUCAUCAAUCGGCGGGUUCCUCUUGGAAUGUAUCAUACCUGUAGCUUCCUCUGUGCUCAACCUUUUUAUUGGGGUGACAGUGUGAGAGCUGAGAUUCUUCAUCUGUACCCCCUACUCUAGCACUAAAGGGUUCUGCAGGGCCCCAGAAGGAGGGAGCUUGGGGGGCUGGCUUGUGAGGGGUUAAGGCUGGGAGGCGGGAGUGGGGCUGGACCAAGGGGUGGGGAGAAGAGGAGGAGGCCUCCGCAGCAGAGAGAAGUGGCCAGAGAGGCCCAGGGGACAACUAGGGACAGGCAGACAUGCAACCAGGUCUCCAGGGCCUGGACAGGGGCUGCCUGGCCCUGUGACAGGAGGACCCCGAGCCCCCGGCCCGGGGAGGGGCCAUGGUGCUGCCUGUCCAACAUGUCAGCCGAGGUGCGGCUGAGGCGGCUCCAGCAGCUGGUGUUGGACCCCGGCUUCCUGGGGCUGGAGCCCCUGCUCGACCUUCUCCUGGGCGUCCACCAGGAGCUGGGCGCCUCCGAACUGGCCCAGGACAAGUAUGUGGCCGACUUCUUGCAGUGGGCGGAACCCAUCGUGGGGAGGCUUAAGGAGGUCCGACUACAGAGGGAGGACUUUGAGAUUCUGAAGGUGAUCGGACGCGGGGCGUUCAGCGAGGUAGCGGUGGUGAAAAUGAAGCAGACGGGCCAGGUGUACGCCAUGAAGAUCAUGAACAAGUGGGACAUGCUGAAGAGAGGCGAGGUGUCGUGCUUCCGUGAGGAGAGGGACGUGUUGGUGAAUGGGGACCGGCGUUGGAUCACGCAGCUGCACUUCGCCUUCCAGGAUGAGAACUAUCUGUACCUGGUCAUGGAGUACUACGUGGGCGGGGACCUGCUGACGCUGUUGAGCAAGUUUGGGGAGCGGAUUCCGGCCGAGAUGGCGCGCUUCUACCUGGCCGAGAUUGUCAUGGCCAUAGAUUCGGUGCACCGGCUCGGCUACGUGCACAGGGACAUCAAACCCGACAACAUCCUGCUGGACCGCUGUGGCCAUAUCCGCCUGGCUGACUUCGGCUCCUGCCUCAAGCUGAGGGCAGAUGGAACGGUGCGAUCUAUGGUGGCUGUGGGCACCCCAGACUACCUGUCCCCUGAGAUCCUGCAGGCUGUGGGCGGUAGGCCUGGGACAGGCAGCUACGGGCCCGAGUGUGACUGGUGGGCGCUGGGCGUGUUCGCCUAUGAAAUGUUCUAUGGGCAGACGCCCUUCUACGCGGACUCCACAGCAGAGACCUAUGGCAAGAUUGUCCACUACAGGGAGCAUCUCUCUCUGCCGCUGGCAGAUGAAGGGGUCCCUGAGGAGGCUCGAGACCUCAUCCAGCAGCUCCUCUGUCCCCCGGAGACACGGCUGGGCCGGGGUGGAGCAGGCGACUUCCGGACACAUCCUUUUUUCUUUGGCCUCGACUGGGAUGGUCUCCGGGACAGCAUGCCCCCCUUUACACCGGAUUUCGAAGGUGCCACCGACACAUGCAACUUCGACUUGGUGGAGGACGGGCUCACUGCCAUGGUGAGCGGGGGCGGGGAGACACUGUCGGACAUUCAGGAAGGUGCGCCGCUGGGGGUCCACCUGCCUUUUGUGGGCUACUCCUACUCCUGCAUGGCCCUCAGGGACAAUGAGGUCCCAGGCCCCAUACCCAUGGAACUGGAGGCCGAGCAGCUGCUUGAGCCACACAUACAAGCGCCCAGCCUGGAGCCCUCGGUGUCCCCACCAGAUGAAACAGCCGAAGUGGCAGUUCCAGCUGCUAUCCCUGUGGUGGAGGCUGAGGCCGAGGUGACGCUGCGGGAGCUCCAGGAGGCCCUGGAGGAGGAGGUGCUCACCCGGCAGAGCCUGAGCCGGGAGAUGGAGGCCAUCCGCACGGCCAACCAGAACUUCGCCAGUCAACUACGCACGGCCGAGGCUCGGAACCGGGACCUGGAGGCGCACGUCCGGCAGCUGCAAGAGCGCAUGGAGUUGCUACAGGCAGAGGGAGCCACAGCUGUCACUGGGGUCCCCAGUCCCCGGGCCACGGAUCCACCUUCCCAUAUGGCCCCCCGGCCGUGGCUCUGGGCCAGUGCCCGCUGGUGGGGCCAGGCCCCAUGCACCGCCGCCACCUGCUGCUCCCUGCCAGGGUCCCUAGGCCUGGCCUAUCGGAGGCGCUUUCCCUGCUCCUGUUCGCCGCUGCUCUGGCUCGUGCCGCCGCCCUGGGCUGCGCUGGGUUGGUGGCCCACGCCGGCCAACUCACCCCAAUCUGUCGCCGCCCUGGAGCCGCCUUCACCCCCUGAACCCUAGAACUCUCUUCGACUCGGGGGCCUCGUUGGAAGACUGAGCGCCCCGGGCACGGCACAGAAGCCGCGCCCACCGCCUGCCAGUUCACACCGCUCUGAGCGUGGGUCUCCGCCCAGUUCCAGUCCUGUGAUCCGGGCCCGCCCCCUGGUGGCCGGGGAGGGAGGAGCCGGUUCCGUGGCCGGC